AUUCUAUAGAGCUGCAGGAUUUAAGUAUUGAUUAAAUAUUGAUAUUUAAGUGAAACACAAGGCCACACAAUGAGUGAAAUGUAAAAAGGACGGCUUAUAGGAAAAUACCAAUUUCGCUUACUGGUUUUAUUUUGAAACCCAAAUCUCUUAACGUCCGGUGUAGACCCCUUUCAGUGAUAGUUUUUCUCCAAGGAUGGCAAAGGCAUGACCCGACCCUUCCUGCCUCUGAUUGGUUAUCUUGAUAUUCUUGACCAAUCUCACUUCUCCUGCUCAAUUUUUUUUAAACUUUAUUAAAGCAACAUAUUGCAAUACAGACAAUACAGAGGCAAGCUUUCACACAAAAACAUUGUAAAGUGUACAUAAAUUCAAAGUUUUUAUAGCUUUCAUAUUGGUAGAUUUCUUAAUAGACUUAACAUAUUGUUUGGUUUCAUCUUCAAAGACAAGAAAAAGGUUUUUGAUUAACGUAACGACAUUUAUGGAUAUGCCAUUUGGCUAACUGUAUCAUGAGAUUGAUGAUAUUGUAUUGUUUUUCUUUUGCAAAAGGAAAGUCAGUGAAACCAAACAGUAUAUGUUCAAAGCACAGGGACAGAUGAGGUUCAAUCGAAAAAGAAAUCAGGUUACAAAUAUCUUCCCAUAAUUUAGUAAGACCAAAAUAAAUUCAAAACAUCUUCAGGGUGUCCUUCACAGAAAGAGCAGUUUAAGUCUAUUUCUUUCUUAAAUCGUUGUAAAAAAAAACUUUAGAUAGGUAAAACCUGUUAUUUAUCUCAAAAGAUACUUCUUUAACCUUAUUAUUGAUUAUAUAUCUAGCAGGUAUCUUUUUCCAGUUAAGGUUAUUAAUAAGGAUAUUCCAAUAGGUUGUUACAUAUGGAGUUGAUACGACUUCUUUCUGAAAUAAAGAGCGUAUAUUACGGUUACUAUUGCGUGUAGAGGAGAAACAAAUUUGGCCGAUUUCAAGUUUGGUUAGAUCAAAGGGCAAAAAUUAUGGAUUUUGUAUUAAUGUACUUUUAAAUAACAUAAUUACACCUAGAGGGAUCGCAUUUAUGACCAUAUUAAAUUAUACAUUGUAUGAUAAAGUCUUGAUAUGCAAGUAAUUAAAUUCUUUGUCUGUAAGUAAUGUCUGCAGACACACACUAGUGAUCUGAUCAGCCGAGUCAAGGAGGCAGCCAAUCAGAGGCAGAGUAGGGCGGGCCAUACCGUCGCCAUCCUUGGAGAAAAUACUUGUUCAUCCCGACCACAAUCCGUGGCUCCGGAUCCAUUGAGCAUCCUGGCCCGGCUAGCACGAAGCAGAAAACGGGGAUUGGGUCUAGCCUCCCUCCGCUGUCUGUCUGACACCCCGGAGCGACCAUUGUCGUUUCUCUCCAACGAAAUUAUCAGUUAGUCCGUUAAAAUGUACGUUUAUCUGCUAGCCGCGACUGAUUGAAUGUUACGUUCGCGGACCGUCAGACAAACGGACGCCAGGCGGGUCGUGAAGCGUGGAGUACUGCUGCAGCCUUGCGUCAAAGCCAGCUAAAGCUGCUAAACCGUGGUAGGACACAAGUCAGCAAGAAAGACGGGCAACAGCCACGUUACCUCUCGGUGGCCAGCCAACCGGCGGAGGGGUUAUUUUUGGCGUGCACAUGCUCUGUUUUAGUCGCCUGAACUAGCCCAACAUCUGUGCAAAAGCUGCCAGUGUUGACGGGUUUUCAAUGGAAUUAUCGUUACAGCUGAUUCGGUAUUUUGGGGGUUCCCAUUUGUAGCUGUCUGACUUUAGCCACACACAGCUUCAAAUACAGGUGAUAAGAUUUCGUUCAAUUGCGAAACAUCUUAACGAAUUGGGGCUAACAUAUGAGGCCCAGUUGAAAAGAUGGACCUGAAUUUUUAUUCGGAUUUAACGGACGGAACCGGGCAGCACGACGGUGAUCCAGAGUUCCUGGACCCGCAGUCCUUCAAUGGGUUUGACACUGACAACAAGUUCCCUGGAGGCAGUGACAACUACCUGACUAUUUCCGGGUCCGGCCAUCCCUUCCUCUCCUCUUCAGAGUGUGCCACUAAACCCAUUGACCUCUUCAACCUCGCUGGAUCUGCUGGUGGAACGUUCCACACUCCCAGCCUGGGCGAUGAGGAGUUCGAGAUCCCUCCCAUCUCUCUGGAUCCAGACUCGGCGCUCACCGUGUCGGAUGUCGUGUCCCAUUUCGGGGAGCUGUCGGACACCGGCCCCUCCGACAGCGUGGUGGUCCCCGGGAACGCCGUGGUCGAAGGGGACGACCCCUCGUUCGCCUCCACGUUCGUCAACGCCCCCUCCCAGGGGCUGGAGCACCUGAGCCUGGGAGUCAUCAACCAGUCGGGAGGAAGCGCUCUGUUGGGGUCGUCGCUGGGGAUGGAUCUCGGUCAUCCCAUCGGCUCUCAGUUCCGCAGCUCGUCCCCGGUGACCAUCGACGUCCCGCUGGGCGACAUGAGCCAGGGCCUUCUGGGAUCCAACCAGCUGACCACCAUCGACCAAUCAGAGCUCAGCGCUCAGCUCGGGCUCGGUUUGGGAGGCGGGAACAUGUUGCAACGCCCCCAGUCGCCCGAUAACCCUCUGUCGGCCACGGCGUCGCCCACCAGCUCGCUGCAGGAUGACGACAUGGACGACUUCAGGAGGAGCGUCCUGGUGGAGUCUCCCGUCUCUCUGGCCGUCUCUCCCGGAGUCAUCUCCCUCGACCCUUCCCUGUCCGAGUCCACGCUCUCCGCCCCGUCCUCCAGCAUCUCUCCAGCUGUGGGGAGGAAAGCAGGAGCGGGAGGAGGAGGAGGAGGAGGGAAGAAGCCGAAGAAGAAGAAAGACCCCAACGAGCCUCAGAAGCCCGUGUCGGCCUACGCUUUGUUCUUCAGGGACACACAGGCGGCCAUUAAGGGACAGAACCCCAACGCUACGUUCGGAGAGGUGUCUAAGAUCGUGGCCUCCAUGUGGGACAGCCUGGGGGAGGAGCAGAAGCAGGUUUACAAGAGGAAAAACGAAGCGGCGAAAAAGGAUUAUUUGAAGGCGCUGGCGGAGUACAGAGACGGCCUGACGUCCCAGGCACCUAUUGAAGUCAUGGACACCUCCCCGUCGCCUCCAUCGCCCCCGCCUCCAGCCUCGUCUUCUGCCGCCAUGGCCGCCUCCGCCCUCGGCGCUCGCACCACCAGGUCUCAGCACUACAACCCCGAGGAGAACACCAUCACCAACAUCUGCACCUCCAACAUCAUCCUGGACCUCCCUCAGGUCACCACGCGCUCCCGCACCGGCGCCAUCAAACCCCAACCGGCCCCCGCCCCCGCCCCGCCCAAUCCCCCCACCGUCACCAAGAUCAUCAUCAAGCAGACACAGCUGCCCUCUGGCGGCGUGUCGGUCACGGCGAUGCCCGCCUCCUCGCCGCGCCAGCCGCCGCCGCUGCAGCAGAUGCAGAGCACCCCUCUCCCGCCGCGGCUGCAGCAGAUGGUGCAUGCCCCUCCGCCCCUGCAGGCCAAGCCGCGAGGCGGGGGGGCGGCCGCCGCCACGGCUCCGCCUCCGCUGCAGAUCAAAGUCGUCCCGUCGUCGAGGCAGGCGGAUUCCAGCGCGCCGAUCAUCGUCACGUCGGGCGGAGAGACGCCCACGUCGGUGUCCUCGGGUCUGACGGUGGAGGCGGACGUGGUGACGGGAGGAGAGGAAGUGGCGGACGCAGAGGAAGGGAUGGAGGUGGAGGUGAACGUCGCCUCUAUCCCGAGCAUGACUCCCGCCACCGGACAUAACAUUUGUGUGCGCGCUGGCUGCACGAACCCCGCCGUAGAGAGCAAAGACUGGGACAGAGAAUACUGCAGCAACGAGUGUGUCGCAACACACUGCAGAGACGUGUUCAUGGCCUGGUGCGCCAUCCGAUCGCAGAACUCCACCACGGUCACAUAGGGAACGGACGCUUGGACAGAGGAGGAGCACUGCACAGAGAGAAAAGGACAAAGAAUAACUCAUGAGAAUGCAAACGAACAGAGGAAUGAGUGAACGAAUGAAUGAUCAGGCUCAGGUAUCGGCACAUAAUGGGUUGUUAUAUCAUGUCGUCUUCACGGCGGGGACAAAGGACGAGACGGUUGCAGGAAAGCUUUUGAAAAUCACUACAAUGUACUUUUCUGUGAUGCACAAACUGCAGAAAAUAAACUCUUACUGCAGCGGGAAGAUGGCUCACACCGAGGACAGAAGAAUGGAUCAUCUCUUGUGAAUUUAAAAUAUGGACAAAGAACGUUUUAUACUUUGGACUCAUGGUGUUUUUAAUUGUUUUGAAAUAGGAAAAAAAAGUGCAGGAAGGAAAUCCUGAAUCUUGAGUUAAUUUUAUUCAUUUAAAAGAUUCCACCUCAUGUGUGAUCGCUCUUCCCUUUACUGUUACAUUGAAGACUGAUGGAUGUGAAUGAAAUCUAAGAAGCGGUUUUUGUUGAAUUGUUUUUCUGUAACGUGGGGGUGCUUUGGGGUCAGUGGAUAGAGAUUUAAUCUACAAAUGAGAAACAACUGGGCAAAGCACAAGCAAUUUUACAAACAAGUAGUUUGAAAUGUUUGUACGAAGCGAUUUUAAAACGACGUGGAAAUGCAUCUGCCACCAGCAAAGUGCUGUUUAUCACCUACAUGAGUCAGUUUAAGGGGAAAUACUACCAUCAUUCACUGGAUUUUAAAUUAAACUUUCAAAACUGGUGCUAAAAUUCAGGAAAAAAAGAUUCCAACUUGAGAAAUCGCUGUUCUCUCCUGCUGAAAGACCCCGCAACAAUAAGAGCUUUUUCAAUAUGUGGUGCAUAUUUUGUUUGAUGAGGAACAUUUGUGGUGAAAAAAUAUUGGAAUGAAAUAAACACACCAGCUCUCACAACACUACUGUAAGAGGAAAGGGAAUACAAUAUGAAAAAAAAGCUUUACUUUUUAACAUUACAGUGUUUUAAUUUAUGAAAUUUGGUUUCAGGUCUGUUGAAUAAUUAAGGAAAGGAACGGUUGCUUCCAAAAAAAAAAAAAACUGCUCCCAGUCAGAUGAAAUGAUGUGCUGACCUGGUCUGGUUUAUUGUAGAUAUCAUGGAAGUGUUUUUAAUGGUGAAAUAAAAUAUUUUAUGUUUUAAUAUACAUUUGGUGAUGCACAUUUUGGCCUCAGGAUUGCAUCAGGAGUAGCACUUAUUUUAUUAAUCUCACAGGAGAUACAAGGAACAUAACAUAUUUCCUUUUACAAUAUUUCUUCAUUUAUCCAUGAUAACAGACUUAGAAGGAAGAUGAAUUCACUCUAUCAACAAUAAAGAUGUAUAAAACAAGUAUUAUACAGAAGAAAAAUUACUCACCAAUACCAUUUUUUCUUUUUUCUUUAAAAUGUUAAGGCCUUUUUAAAAAAACAAUGUGGUCUUUUAUUUUUAAUUUAUGUUAAAUAUAUCAAGGUUAGAAAUAUGCAGUUGACAAUUAAAAUG